GAAGGAAGAUGGACCAUAAAAUUCAUCCAUCUUUUAAUACCAAAGUAUACAGCAAUUUGAAGGGAUUGGAUGAGAAAGAUAAGGUAGUGGAUUUGAAUAAAAGAGGAAUUUUCUUUGAGUAUUUCACAGUUCUCAAACAAGAGCUUUGGAAUUGUCAAAAGAAUAUGGAAGAUAAGUUUCUAAGAGUGGUGAAUUACAAUGUAGCCUUGAAGGAAAUAGCACUAAUUUAUCAUCCCGAUGGAAUCACGAUUGGAACUCAAGUUUUUCCUGAUCAAUCAGUAUCCAAGCGGAUUAAAGAAAUCAAAUAUUUGCAUCCGAAAACCAAGAAAGUUCUGCGAUACAAUGGUGAAAUGACAUUGGAAACGAUCUCUAGUUUGAGAAAUACCAAACUGUUCCAAAUGCCACAUCCAUUGCUGAAAUUAGAAAUUGACGAAGAUCAGGAGGAAACAGGUGUUGAGGAAGCAGGUGAAAAAAGACGGAAUUAUGGAGAGACAAGUGCUAAUAAGAAAGAGGAGAACGAUCGAAAGACAUGGUCGGUGGAUAUUCUGCGAGUGCAUGCUCUGCGAAUAAAGAAGCAAUUUGAGAGUGGUGGCUUGCCAAAUAUGCAGUCAUAUGAUGCUGGAGCAGUUCAAUACACGGAAAAUAAUAUCAAUGUCAUGAGAAUUGCUGACGAAUAUGAUGUCAAAAUGAAGGUUGGCUCACAGUGGGAGAGAGAGCUCAAAACCCAAGGGAAUUCAAUGUCGUGCAUUCUAGACGAAUGGAAUCCCACAAAUGGGAGGAAGCUGUGACGAAAGUGCAGCUAUAUUUCGACAAUGAUAAAUACGAGUUGAACUAUGAUACCAUCUACGAAUACCUUAUCAUCAAAAAAUUGAGGUCUGGAUCUGUGUUAACGAUCAUGACACUAUGCUGAGAGUGGUAACAACUCUGGAGGGAGUUGGUGGAAUUUUGGUUGUGUUGUACAGGGAUGGGGUGAAAGUGACACCGUUGGAUCUGCCAGCUGGUGGAAAGUCAGCCAAAAUUGUCGAGACCAAAUACAUUGAUCCGGUCGAUUUCAAGAUCUUGAAAUACA